UAAGGCAAAAAGUCUGAAUUCAUUCAUUUCAAAUGCUUUUAGUCUGUGUUUUGUUAACGCGAGAGCAAAAAUGAAAAGUGCGUGUGCAAUCGACAUCCAAGAAAAAUAAUAUAAAAACCCCCAAAACAACUAAAAAGUGCUGACCAAAAAAAGAAAAUUAAUUCUAAAUUAGAUUUGUUGCGCUCGAUUGGUUGCAUUUGUAAAAUCGCCGAAAAUGUAAAUGCCACACGCAACAAAGAGGCGCGAACCAAUAUCGUAUGCAAAAGCAAAAUAACGUGUAAAUAAAUUCAUGUGUAUGUACAAAUAAAAUUAAAACAAAAAAAAAAAGCAAAAACAUAAAAUUUACAUUUCUAAUAAAAUUAAAACAAAGCAAAACAAAAAAAAAAUCGCUUAGUUACCAUGUUACACAACAUCGAUGACAAUGCCGCGCCAACUGCAACAUUAACAUCAACAUUAGCAACACUAACAGCAGCAACAGCAACAACAAUGGCCCCGACUGAAACAACUGGCAAUGGAACGGAGCCAACAAUUUCAACGCACCUUGCAAAUGCGACGGCGACAAUAGAACCAACAACGGCAGCAACAACGGCACCAAGUGCAACGGAAGAAGAAACAAACACAGCAGCAAAUGUUGUUGUUGCUGCCUCUGUCGCCCCCACUGUUGAGGGUCAAGCAACAGCAACAGCAGCAGCAACAACAAUGACAGUGACAGCUAACAACACAAAUACUAAUACAAAUGCAGCUACGCAGCCGCAGUCGCCGUCGACGUUGAUGUCAGCGCUGUCAGCUGUGGCAGAGGAGCAGCAGCUGCCAGAAUUAGCUAAAACAGCCAUCGCUUUGUAUGCUUCGAGCGCUGAUGAUGUUCAGAUGCGUACACAGCAACAACAGAAAAUCAAAAUUUAUCACGGCGCCAAACAAAGCGCAGUAUGGCGAACCGAUUCGUUGGCAUCCAAUCCAAGCCCAAACUUAAGCCAGCCCAACAGUGUGACCAGCUGCAGCGAAACAAAAACAGUUGUUCCCAUCAGCAGCAGCAGAAGUAGCGGCGGUUAUUCGACUGCGCCAAGUCUGCUGCAGCGUAAAUUCUCCGACAGCUCGUUUGCUGCAACAGCAACAGCGAUGCCGCGUCGCGUGUCAUUCCCGGAGAGUGAUAAGGAGCUUGUCACCGGAUAUCUCGAGCCGGCAAAUCCAUGGGAACAAGCCUACCAGGUGUCGAGCAUUGCCGAGAUCUCCGAACUGUACGAACAAUCCUGUGCUAAGCAUCACACGAAGCCAAUGAAAAACAUUCUGGAUCAUCUUAAGUCGCUCGACUUGAGCCUGACGCGACAGCCAGUGUUGUCCUUAAAAGGCAUCAAUCUGUCGCCCAAUGAUUGUGAACCCCUGGAGGAGAUCUUUAAGCGGAUACAAUACAAGGUGAUUGAUUUGUCCGAGUGCCUGUUGGAUGAGAGCUGCCUGAGCGCCCUGUGCCAGAUGAUUGAAUAUUAUGAGGCGGCCAAUGAACUGGACAUCUCAUACAAUCGCGAUCCGAUGACCGUUCGAGGCUGGAACCUCUGCACGUACAUGGUGGGACGCAGCCAGGAGCUGCAGCUGCUCAAUGCCGAGGGCAAUCAGAUCUCCAAAGUGGGCGCCGAGAAUCUGGGCCAUGCUUUAAGCACCUCCAAUCUGCACACACUCAAGCUGGAACACUGCGGCUUAAAGGGGCCGCCUCUAACCAGUUUCUGCUAUCAACUGUACCACAACAAGAUACUGAAAGAGCUGUGGCUGGGCUACAACGAUUUGGAUUGCACGGAUGCGGAGCAUAUUGCUGGCAUGUUGCGCUUCAACUACAUCAUUGAGUUGAUCGACAUUAGCAACAAUAAUAUACGCGACGAUGGCGUCAAGUAUCUCGUCCAGGCGCUCAUCAUGCAGGCCACAGAUUUGGAGCGACGCAGCGCUUUGCCGCUGCAGCGAGCGCGUGCCAUUGAGGACGAUGAGCCCAUCUCGCCGGUGGAGAUUGCAGCGCCAGUUAGCGAGCAGAGUGUUGAAACCAGCUCAGCCAAGCAAGAGGAAACGGAGGCCGUUCAGAAAGUGAAAGAAGUCGAGCAGCAGCAGCAGACAACGGCAGCAAUUUCAACAGCUGCUGUAGAAGAGCCAAGUGUUUGUGAUCCACCUGUGGCCGUGUUGGUGGAGCUGGAGAACGAUGCCGAGGAUGACAAUACAGAGGACACGGUGCGCACGCUGAGAAGCGGCAAUCAGAGUGCCACCGGUCAGUCCAUGCUCGACAAGUUGCUGUCGAUGAACAGCGACAGCUCCAGCGAAGAGGCGCCAUCCAAUAUCUCCACCGACACAUUGGCCGCUUGCUGCUCCGAAGACAUUAGCGAGUUGAGCAACGAUAACUACGAUGCAAGCAGCAAAUCGCUGGCGACUUCGGCAACAGCAGCAACGACCUCCAUAGAUGAGUCUUUGGCAACGCCGGCGACGCUGGAAGCGGCGGCUUUGGACAGUUCCCUGGAGCAGUUGUCUCCAGCACAACAACAGCAACUACAACAGCAGCAACAAAGUUCCCAAAAUGAACGCAACUUAUGUGAUAUUACUCCCUCAACAGAGGCUAAAACCGUUGAACCCAAUGAAACCUGUGUACAGAACAACAACAAUGCAAAUUCCCCCCACAAUAACACCAACAACAACAACACCAACAACAACUCCAACUCUAAUUCCAACCUCCCCAUCAACAAUAACAAUCAGGCAUCGGCGGCAGCAGGAGCAGCAGCUGUUGUAUUAGCUGUAGUUCCAGUUCCAGUUGCCGUCGAUGUCAGCUCGAGCGGAUCGGGAGUGGGAGCCGGAGCGGGCACCAUUUACGAAGUAACUGCGGAGGAGAGCGACUGCAUCAAUGGGGGCGCGGCGAGCGGAUCGCGGCCCUUGGAUAUGAACAAAAAUGCGGCGAAGGCCAAUGGCGAUGACUUUGAGGAUACGCACAGCACGGAUUCGGCAUUCGAGAGCGCAUCCGAGGGCGACAUCAGCCGGCAUCUGCCCGACGAGUUCAGUCGCCUGUCGGUGUCGCUGGAGAGCACGCGACUCGACGAUAUGGCCAAGGAGAUGGCCAUCGAGACGGCGACGAUAGCGAGCGAGUCGACAGAGUGUCUGCUGGUGGCGGCCGAGGAGGCGGUGGCCUCAACGCCCAUGUCCGUUGAAACGGCCACGACAACGUUAACGACGACGCCGAAGGUGACAAUCGCCGCCGAGUGUUUGACUGGGGCCAAGGAGAAGGAGGCGAGUGCGAGUCCUUGUCCCAGUCCAACGCCGACACCGCCGCCGCCUUCGACAUCGCCGGGCGGCGUCAGCAGCGGACUGCGACGCACCGAAUCCAGUUGCGCCUACCUCAAUCAGUCGACACGCAAUCGCUCCCAGAGCUCUGAUAGUUUGUGCAGCGAGAAUUCGCUGGAUGGCAGCACAAGUGCCGCGGAUCCCCAGCUCGCCGAGAAGCUGACCAAGAACGAUACAUUGUCGCGUCGGCAGUUGACUGAUGCCACCGCCGAGUCGACGAUUCGGGCGCCAAGUGGCCUCAAAGCCUUGGCACUGUGGAGCAAUAAUCUGACCAAGAAUUGUGGACCGAGCAUUGCGGAGCUUUUGUCGCGCAGCUCAUCGCUGGAGCUGCUCAACAUCGGCAAGAACUGUUUGUCCAAUGACUUUGUGGCCACCAUCAAGGAUAGUUUGACCAAGAACACGACGUUGACCACGCUGGGGCUGCAGAGUGCGCAUCUCAGUGCCAAGGGCAUUGAAACACUCGCCUCGAUUCUCACGUUUGGCGGCAACAGCAAAUUGCAGCGCAUCGAUAUUCGGGACAAUAAACUAGAGGUCGAAAGUCUGAACAUUAUUGCCGAGGUGCUCAAGUCCAACAAGACCAUCACUCAGAUCGACAUCAACGAUGAGCCCAAGCGUCUAACGUUGCCCAUUGUGCCGAUAGUAAAUGUUAUACCGCCAACGCCUUUGCCCCAGGAGAGCAUUGGCAGCGAUGCGCACUUGGACUAUACUCGAGUGUUGGGCACCGUGCGUUCGAUGUGCUCGCGCAAUGAGAAGAUGCAGGCCGAGGAGCUGGAGCUGGCGGAGAUGGCGGCGAACGUGGGCGGCAACGGCAGCAGCAACAACAGCAACAAUAACCAAAGCAACAACUCAAACAAAAUUGGCAGCAACAAUUCGGCCAUCAGCAAUCGGUGUCGCAGCGGUUACUACUUGGGCUCGCGGAAGAUCUCGCUGACGUGCCACAGUCGACCGCUGGUCGAUGCAGCGACCGGAACAGUGAUUGCAUCGCCGGCCGCUGCCACAGCGGCAGUAACCACUGCGAUGCCAACGCCGGCUGCCAAACUGGAGGUGAAGCGCAGGGCAAACUCAACGUCGUCGCGUCUGCGUUCGCCGGGUCCCAGUCCGCCCACGAUAUCGCCGUCCUCCUCGCCGAAUCGCAGUCGGUUUCAUGUGUCGCGCGUGGCCGAGCUGAGCAGUCCGGCCACCUCGCCGCUCGCCCAGCUGCCGCCACAGCAUCCACCACAGCCGCAGCCACAACCGCCACCGACUACGACGCCACGCUCGGCCAGCAGCUGCAUGAGCAUCCCAGCUGUGGGCAGUCAGAGCAGCCUGAAUGCCAUUGCUGCUCUGCCAUUGCCCACAUCCAGUUCGUUGCCCUCGAUGGCAUCGGUCACCUCAUCCACACAAACGAUUAAGCGACUCUCGGUGUCGCCGCGUUCCCGUUUCCAUGUGUCCCGCAUCUACGAGGAUCCCCUGACGCCGCCCAUCCACUUGCCACCGACGCCGAUGCUGAAGUCAGCUCGCAAAGCAGCCGCUGCCCAGCUGGCAGAGAUCACGAGCACAUUGGCAACGGCAACUGCAACUGCGACGCCAGUCACAGUCACAGCCGCAACGACAGCAGCGUUGCCCAUCAGCAGUGUCAUCAUUGUGGAGCCGGAGCCAGCGAGUACAAAUAUUCACGAGAAGGAGGACCAACAGCAGCAGCAACAGCCGCAGGAAACGGAGCAGAAAUUGUCGCCGCAGUGCAGCGUCAAUUCGCCUAGCACAUCGUCCAGUUCGUGCAGCAGUUCGCCCAUCUCCUCCAGCACCACCAACAGCAGCAGCAGCUGCUGCAGCAACAGCAGCGAUGUCACCGAUAGCUCUGAGGCUGCAGCGGCUGUAACUGUGCCCCCCGGCAAGAGUUGCCCGAUUGCUGUCUUUGGCGACAAUGACAUUACGCUCACCAAGGAUUCCGCAGAGAGUGUUGCGCUCUCGGCUGCUGCCUCCAGUCAGGAUGUCACAACCACGACGACGACUGCAGCUGCUCCAGCGCAGCCAGCUCAGCGUGCGCGGAAAUCCUCGUGGAUCGCCAAUCCCACGACGGUGGAUAAAUUGCUGACGCUCUUCAAUCCGAGCAGCAUGUUCCAGCGCAGCUCAUCGCCAGAGUCGAAGGCGGUGCCAGUGUCAACGGCCACAGGAACUGGGGCGCCACUCACAAACAACGCACAGAAUACAACCACCACAACAACAGUGCUGGGCGCCAGUGGAGAUGUGAAUGUAACGUUGCUGCCGACGCGGAAGACGACGCCGCCUGCGAGGAGCAACAGCUAUGCAAUUGGCAGCGGGGGAGCAUCAGGUGCAGCGGCAGCAAGUGGAGCGGCAGCUGGAGAAAACGCAGCUGGGGGCAGCUCAUUUCUGGAUACCGCAUCACGGCAAUUGCGUGACUUUGGCAAGCAAGUGUUCCGCCAAAAUUUGUCGUUCAACAACAGCGGCGACGGAAUGAUGUCGCUGAUGACUGGAUCCUCGCAGCUGGAGGCGAAUAAUGCCAGUGGAACGACGGUUAUGUCGCCGGUGGCCGAGUCAGCGACGCCACCCGAAUGCAAUGCGAUGCACAUGCCGUUGAGUCUGAAGCGUGAACUCAAGGAGAACAUAUCGCCGGAGCAUACGAUCAAUGAGGAGACGUUGCAUACGCUGCAGAAACUAUCGCGAGCUGCAGAGGAUGUGACGCUGAAGGCGGAGGCAGCUGCCGAGUUGGGUGACAUUGAGAUUGUGAUGCACAGCGAGGUGUCCGAUUGUCUACCAGAGGCGGACCCAGUGCAGCAGGAGGAUGUGGGACAAGUUUAAAAAACAGAUUGAAAUGGAAAAUGUAAAAGAAAUAUGUGAAAAUGACGCGAGUGCAAUUUGACAAUGUUGAGUAGAAGAAAACAAAACAAAAAAGCAACAAAUGAAUAUGUUUGUAACCAAGACCCACCUCAGCAUUUCCCCUAACCCACCCAACUCCCCUCCUCACUCUCUCACCCACAAACACUCUCUCUCUUCCUCUCUCUUUAGCGUCCUUGUCAAUGUUGUAGCAGACACCUUAAAGUUAGGGAAAUCCCCUUCACACACACCCACAC